GCGACCCCACGCUUGGCGACCCCUACCUCUGCUCCCCCUCUCUUCACACCUCCCCGCUGUGAACAGGCGACCCCACGCUGGGCGACCCCUACCUCUGCUCCCCCUCUCUUCACACCUCCCCGCUGUGAACAGGCGACCCCACGCUGGGCGACCCCUACCUCUGCUCCCUCUCUCUUCACACCUCCCCGCUGUGAACAGGCGACCCCACGCUGGGCGACCCCUACCUCUGCUCCCCCUCUCUUCACACCUCCCCGCUGUGAACAGGCGACCCCACGCUGGGCGACCCCUACCUCUGCUCCCCGCCCCGCUCCAACUCCGCGC